AUGGCAGCUUCACCAGAAACCGUCCGAAAUUUUUUGAAUGCCCUAAGUCGUCGAAUACGACCAGUAUUCAUCGACCGAAUGGAGUCUUGGUCCGCAUAUGCGCAGAUCAGGGAGAUGAUGUCAGGCGAUCUUCAAGCUCACGACAUGGCAUAUAUCUGCAGAAGAGAAGCAGAACAACAUUAUGAGUCAGUGGACAUCACAGAAAGCGGUUUGGAACGAGCACAUCCUGAUGCGAGAAUUUUCUCUGUGCAAGACGUUACCGCAGGCGAACAUUUGGGACGGCUUUACAUAGAUCCUUAUGACAGAGAGAGCAAGCGAGGUGGAUGGAACACUCUUCUGGGUAGAAGUGGGUUACUUCGUGUUCAUGUUGAUCAGAAUAAUUUAACAGCUUUAGUGGAAUCGCAGUCUCGAGGUUUGGAUAAGUUGGUCUAUCUUGUUGGAUCGGCUAUAGCUCCUACUGAAAAUGCACCAUCAUUACUUCAUUACCAGCAACUACAACAAUUGUUGUUCCAUGUUGGUCGUGCUGUGCAAAUGUUGCUUUCACGAUCGCCGUAUAGAGAUAUCGCGGUUCCGUGGGCACCAUUCUAUGCAAGCGACUGGGAUGCCAUGGAUAUGUUUCCUGCUUUUGUGCAGUUCUUCCUCUACAAACCGUCACUGUUACAGUCACUUAGCUCUCCGCAUUUAAAAAGUGGUGCAACUAUCUCUGAUGAGCAAGCCAAUAACAUCUGCUUGGCUUUAUCAAGGUCAACUCUAUGGGAAUCCUAUCGCUCUCUGUUCUGGUCCGACUUUGAUCUAACCAUCUUUGAGAUGGAGGACAGGAAGCAGAAAUUCUGGUUAGACAUCUAUCGUGAAAUGUCUAGAGAAUACUUUCCCUUUAAACCGGAUAGAAACGAUUAUCAUCCUUGUUCAUUCAUACCUAUCUUUGGACUACAGCCAUAUAUGGGUAUGUAUUAU